AUGGCUGACGAAUACAACGCCGAGGAGGCCGCUGAGCUCAAGAAGAGAAGAGCGUUCCGCAAGUUUACCUUCCGAGGAAUCGAACUUGACAACCUCCUCGACCUCAGCUCUGACCAGCUCCGUGAUGUCGUUCACGCCCGUGCCCGCCGCAGGAUCAACCGCGGCCUGAAGCGCCGCCCCAUGGGCCUCAUCAAGAAGCUCCGCAAGGCCAAGCAGGAGGCCAAGCCCAACGAGAAGCCCGACGCCGUCAAGACCCAUCUCCGUGACAUGAUUGUCGUCCCCGAGAUGAUCGGCAGCGUCAUCAGCAUCUACUCCGGCAAGGAGUUCAACCAGGUGGAGAUCAAGCCUGAGAUGGUUGGCCACUACCUGGCUGAAUUCUCUAUCUCAUACAAGCCCGUCAAGCACGGCCGACCUGGUAUUGGUGCCACGCACUCUUCUCGAUUCAUUCCUCUCAAGUAA